AUAAUACCCUUUCUUCAAAACCCAUACUCCGCUCUCUCCAUUACAAAAACAAUGGGCAAAGUGGUAAAUUCACAUCAUUAGACACAUCUCCGAUCAUAACACCGGUUGGUCGCUGCCGUGGCUUCGAAACGAGCUUCCGAUUCUUUUCAUCUCAAGCUCCAAACUCAACAAAUCUAACAAUAAUAAUAAUAAUAAAAAUAUUAUUAUUAUCAGAAUCUUUCACAAAAUCAAACCCCCAAAAUCCCAAAUUGUUGUUUAAUUCUCCAACAAUUCGAUCAAAGUUUCGUUCAACGACCAAUUUCACACGCAAUCACCAGUUCAAAAUCUAGGAUCAUUUUCUAACGGUGGCAAAGUUCGAGCUUUGCUUUCAUGUGCUGCAACUGUGUCGACGGGGGUUAUAACACAAAUAAUGCAUAUAAAGUGGUGCAAUGGCGUCAUCUGGUAAAUUCGAUCUUUCAUCUAGUAGCCCAAACAGGCAAUUGUACACUUCUACGAAACGUGGGUCCCACACAGCAGCGUCAAUGGACAGAUCAGCAAGUUUUCGCGACAACAUCGAAAAUCCGAUUUUAUCUUCGCUUCCAAGCAUGUCGAGAAGUACUGUAAAUGUAAGUCAAGGGGAUGUAACUAGUUUUCUACAAUGCUUGCGGUUUGACCUAAAGUCAAUGGCUGCUGAAUACAAGUGUAAUCGAUACGGGGAUUUUAAACGACUCGCAAAUGCCGCCCUUUGUGCACCGGAUGAUUCACCAUCUGGUUUGAUUAGAGGCAAGCUGCCGUUUUAUUCCCCCGAGGAUCUUAAACGACUUAAGGUCGGUCUGCGUGAAUCGACUAUUAAAGCGAGGGAGAGGGUUAAGAUUUUUAGUGACGUUCUGUCGGUGAUCAACAAAUGUUUCCCAUGUAUACCCUCGAGGAAACGAUCUCGACCCGAUGCUUUUUCCGGUGUCAGUGUCGGUAAGAUGGGUACACAAAGCCAUACUCUUACUAGUGCCUUUGACGUUGAGCAGCAGAAGGUUGACGACAGGGGUAAAAAUGUCAUUCCGAACAAACGAACCAGAACUUCUAUGGUCGAUCAAAGGGCGGAUGUGCGACCGAACACUCCUGCUAGAUCAUCGGGAUCCGUAGAUAGGGAUAGAGAAGUUUCGAGACUUGCAAAUGGCAAUACUCUUCCCGGUGUGGAUGGAACAAUGCCGAUUGUAGCGGAUGGUUGGGAAAAAUCAAAAAUGAAGAAAAAACGGACCCUAAAAGCUGACUGGGCACCAAGUACAAGCUCAACGUUGGCAAAACCGGCUGACGGAAGCAGGGAACCCAAGCAGGGUAUGCAUCCGAGGAGUCUUGGUGAUUCAAGGUCUAGGUUAAAUGAUCCCCAUGAGUUCAGGUCAGGAGCUGCUAACGGAGGUAUACGUUCUUCGAUCCCAAGGCCCGAGCAAGAGAACUCGUCAAUUCUGCAUGAUAAACGAGAUCAAACUACUAAGUUGGGGCAAGAACGGUCAAACGUCGGAGCUUUUAACAAGGCAAAUGUUCGACAAGACUUCAUGUCUGGUAAUCCCUCAUCUACCGCUAAACCACAUGCAGUUGCACGCGGUCCAAGAUCAGGGCCAAGUGCGGUCCCUAAAAUGACCAACGUUCAAUCCCCAACGAUUUCCAACGGUUCGAGUCCUGGUCUUAUUAGCUCUAACAACCGUAAACGUGGUCUAUCAACACGGUCUUCAUCUCCACCUGUAACCCAGUGGGCCGACCGUAGGCCCCAAAAAAUAUCACGCACCGCAAGGCGAACCAACCUUAUCCCCGUUUUAUCCACCAACGAUGAAGUCCCACCUUCGAGUAACAGUAACGGUAACGUAAGCGAAAAAGGGCGCGGGUUUGCAAAAAGAUUUCCCGCUAAUUCUCCUAAGCGAUUUAAAUCAAAAGGUGAUCAUAAUAUUCCUUCAUCAAGCGAGGACUCAGGGGCUAGGGAUAGCUUCAAGUCGGAAGAAAUUGGAGAUAAAGAUGCAGUCAAUGGUCAAAGGAGGUCAACUUUAGUCGUUCCCACCAAGAAAAAUAAGUUUAUGAACGAGAAGCAUCAUAGAAGUGGAAGGGGUUUUGCUUCCGCACGAUCUGUUAGCAAUGUAGGGACGGAAAAACAACUUAGAACUGGCAGAGUUGGUUUUGAUAAGCCUGAAAGUAAAAUAGGUCGCCCACCCACUAGGAAACUCUCCGGUCGCCAAGCUUAUACACGUCAAAAGCAGUCUGCAUUUACCGCCGCUACAGAUUUUCUCGAUGAUGGGCAUGGAGAGCUUUUAGCUGCCGCUAACGCUGUUAUGAAUCCCGUUUAUGCAUUGUCUAGCCCUUUUUGGAGGCAGAUGGACCCACAUUUCGGUUUUGUAUCGGAUGCAUGUGUGACCUACUUAAAGCAAGAGGCAAACAUACGAUCUGCUGUUAACGUCACAAACCCAAUAGAUAACUGUGAUGCGAGAUAUAGAACCGAAAGCGGGUGUGAAUACUCGGAGAAUUUAACGUCGGGAACAUCUCCGAGGGGAAUUACUCUUUGUCAGAGGCUUCUUGCUGCAUUAAUUUCAGAAGAAGAAGAUGACAAGGAUGAAUUAAACUAUAAUGUGUAUGGAUCUGUGUUUGAGCCUGAAACCGAUCAAAUUGGUGGAAGUUUUUCAAGCAGUUACAGGAUGGAUUCUAGAUUAAGAUCAGUUGUUACAGGUUUUGAUCAUCGCUGCAACGGUCUACUUUCUGAUUCAGGAAAGAUGCACACUGUAACCAGUUCUCAAUACGAGUAUGGUAACAAGUCGAUGGAUGAAAGACUUCUCGUAGAAAUUCAUAGUCUUGGACUCUACCCAGAACAUGUGCCGGACUUGGUACACACCGGAGAUGAAGACAUCAACAAAGAUAUCACUAGGCUCGAAGAAAAGCAUCGUCAACAGGUUCUUAGGAAGAAAAGCCUACUCGAUAAACUUUUAAAGUCUACCGAGGAAGAAAUCGCUCUACAAGAGAAGGAAUUUGAACGGCUUUCUCUCGAGAAGCUCACAGGAAUGGCUUAUCAAAAAUACAUGAGUUGCUGGAAUAAGAGUACGAGUAGCAAAAUGGCUAAGCAAGCCACUUUAGAUUUUGUGAAACGGACACUAGACCGAUGCCACGGAUUUGAAACAACCGGCAAAAGCUGCUUUUCCGAGCCCUUGUUUAAGGAAAUAUUCCACUCCGGAUUAUCACAUACAGAAGAAGAUGAUGUCAUUGAUGAUCAUCAGCCCAGGAAAGUCAAUGGAACUAAUAUGGAAGAUUUUUCAGGUACCCAAGCAAGCCCUAUGCUGAACAACCAUGACACGUAUCCGUCGGAGCUAACUUCCGGCAAAGACGAUGUGUGGUCAAUCAAGGGUAAAAAGAGAGAGUUGUACCUUGACGAUGUUGCUGCCGGGACGCCUUGUACUUCUUCGGGAAUAUCGCCAGGGGUAGGAAGGGUAAUUAUAAAUAGCGUAAAAGGAAAACGAAGCGAGCGGGAGCCCAGAAACGGAGGUCCGAAAGUCGGCCGACCCGCAAAGAUUAAAGCAAAACAAAAACAGAAAACAACUCAGUUAUCUGCACCGGUUGAUAACAAUGGUACUCUUGGUAGUUUUUCAGAUCAACAAAGGGCAAAAUCGUCUUUUGCUCCAAAGCCUAUUGAAGACGACGAGUCUAUGUUAUUAGAGGAACCGCUUGAUCUGUCGCACCUGCAACUUCCGGAAAUGGUGGACUUCGGUGGGCAAGGGGAAGAUAUAGGGUCGUGGUUAAAUAUCGAUGACGAUAUUUUACAACAUGAGGAUGAUGAUUUUAUGGGACUGGAAAUUCCAAUGGACGAUUUAACAGACUUGAACAUGAUGGUUUAAUUAAAGUUUGUUGUUAUGAUGAUGUAUGUAUAGGGCAUGUUCGAUUGAUACAAGAAGAUGACGGACGUGUCAUGUUCAGGUGACAUACGGUUGGUAAUUAGGCUUAUAAUUCUUUUUUCAUUGAGAGAAUUUAACGAUUGUUUUAGGGUUUGCCGCCUGCAAGUUUAAGAUAGUUUGCUUAGGUUGUAAAAAUCUUUUUUGCUUCUUAAUAUAUAUAUAUAUAUAUAGCCAGUUUGUUGCUUACUAUAUUGACAAUGGCACAAUGCCUUUUGUACAUGCAAAUGAAGAUUCUAAUAAUAAGAUUAAUUCAUUCA